GUUUCGUUUAGUUUCGGUUUUGUCUUCGGGGUUUCCACCACCGGGUGAUGUGAUGUCCAGAUCCACGAACACUUCCUCAUCCGCCUCGCUUCCUCGCAGCAGUGAACUCGGUUGUUACAUCCUGAUCUGAAGCCUGUUUUUUUUUUUACAAUCCCCCUAUUUUUUUCACGAUAUUACCACAUGAGCGGUUGAACUUUGGACCGAUUGGGAACAUGUCAUUGUUUUAUUACGGAGAACUCGGAGCGAGCAGAGCCGCCUCCCUGUAAACAAGCUCCGGGAAACGAAACUUUGAAGGCGAUCGACCUCACGUAAGAAAAACGACACAAACACAACAUUUUUGGGCUAAAAUGAUCACGUUUCCAUCGCUGUAAGUCUUUCGUUUGUACAGACGACUGUCAAUUUGGUCUUUUACACUAAUAUUAAAGUUUCAUAACACUGCUGAAUUAUCGAGACAUACAUCUAAAGUCGUUGACAUAGUUUUCUAUUCACAGUUUGGCGUUGUGUUUGGUUCAAAAGCUGAGAAAUAUCAAAUAAACAAACGAUAAUAUGUGUUAGUACGGGAGACCGGGGCAUGUUUAACAAUUCUUACCCAUACCUGUUAUUUGAGAAUUUAUACACAAGAACAGCCAUAUUUACAUAUCAAAGUUACAUCUGCUUAUGAAGUUUGCUGCUUAUUAGCUCCUACUAUUAUAAAGACAACAUUCUUCAAAUUAUUUGAACUUUAAUCAAGUUUGACUUCAAGUUAUCUUAGCGAGAGGGACAGAUACAUGACUUUGGAAAUGAUUGUAGCCUUUUAUUGCCUUUUGUAUCAUAUUUGAUACAUACUUUUAUAUACUUCUAAUCGAAUCAAUAUGAUCAACAAAUUACUAAAAAAAAAAAUUAUACAGUCCGAUAAAUGAUAAAAAUGUCCUCUUGUGGUUUAUAAGUUUCCAAGAACAUCUAAUGUAUCAAAUAAGAUAAAGAAAUAUAUUUGUUUAAUUUGAAGGACAUUUUAAAAAAUAAUAAUAAUUUUAUUGUUAUUAUUUUUUUAUUUUUUUAUUUUUGGGGGGUUUCAAUAGUAAGUAAAAUAAACAUUUCAGCUUAAAUUUUUUUGAAAUUUUCUGGCCAUAAUUUGUGGUUUCAGGCAUUAAAGGGUUAAAAAUGACUGGGCCUUUUCACACCAAUUUUCAAAAGUAUAUAUUGUAACUUUUUGAAUGAUAAAAAUGUCCUCUUGUAAUUUAUCAGUUUCUCAAAACAUCUAAUGUAUCAAAUAAGAUAAAUAAAUAUAUUUGUUCAAUUUUGAGGACAUUUUGAUUUUUUUUGGUUUUCAGUACUGAGUGAAAUAAACAUUUCAGCUCCAAAAAAAAUUUGACUGUUUCACACCAAUUUUCAAAUAUAUAUAUUGUAACUUUUUCAAUUACCCUACAACAAAAUCUUAACUACCAGGAAAUCUUAAAAUAAAAUUUUUUAUCACUGAUAUACUGAAAUAUGCUCUAUUUGAACCCAUAGAGUAUUGUAGUAUAUUGAAUGGCUGUAUCUUUGUGGGAAAAAGGAGUAGAUAAUCAUUAACUUUGCCAGGAAUACAAAAAAUAAAAGUUAUGUUACUUGCAAAAAGAAGCAAAGUAGGGGAGGCUGGGGUCAGCUGUAACAAUGUUUACGUGAAAACUAUAUAGACUAGACAAACCAAACUUUAUAUACAAAUGGUAUUUUAACAUGUUACUUUACAAUGAUAAGUAGACUGAUCAAUUGGUUUAUUAUUUCAGCCGAUUGUUGGCUAAUAAUACCAUCGUAUUUCCAGAUGAAAAUGAGCUUUAUUCACAGCUACACUACUUCCUGAAUUUAAGGCAGCUCCUUUAUUCCCUGUCUUACAUUCUUGGACAAACUGAUUAAUCCAGGUGUGACUGAUCACUGUGACUAAUAAGACACACCUGGAUUUAUCAGUGUGUCCAAUAAUGUAAGACAGGGAGUAAAUGAGCAGCCUUAGAAAGUUGAAAGUUAGAUGUUACAGCUAACUUAGCCAUGGAGGUGGUUGCAACACAUGAAAAUAAAUCAAAUUUCACUGAUUAUCUUUUGUUUGUUUUUCCAGCAUAUGCAUGUUUUACAUUUAGAUAAUGUAUCUCUAUAUUUUUUUGUGAAAUGUGUGUAUUUUACAUGCAUCUAAGCAGUGUUAUUUACACAAGUAUUAUCCUUAAAAUAAGACAAUGACAAAGGUGAUCAGAAUUUGGAGGCUCUGUCAUCCGUGUAUCAGAGUGUGUCAUGCUUUUUAGUUCAAAACACAUAAAAGUUCUGCCAGUAAGGUAUUUUUUUCUCCUUCUGCAGAAUGUUUGACUCUCUGACUGGAGUUUAAGAAGAAGUGAUGGACGGCGAGUGGAGUGAUGGAGCGGCAGAAGCCGAGGUGGAGGACGAGUUCGCUUGUCCCGGGGUUCUGCGGGGAUCUCUGACCUCCCUGCACGCCACCGUGGAACGGAUAUUCGGCGUGAAGUUCGGGAUCGGGGCCGAUGAUUUGACACAGGGCAACAAUGGGCUGAUUUGGCUGAAGCUCCAAGGGUGGAGGAAAAGUGUGACGGCUGCAAAAGUAAGAUAUUAUUUCCUUUUAGUUAUUACUUUGCAUAAACACUUAAAAGUCGACUCAUUUCCCUUUGUAAUGCUGGUUAACACAUCUGUCCUCUCCUGAUUUAGAUAAAGUUGUAACCUGAGAUUACACUAGUGAAGUUAUUAUGAUUAUAUAGAUGUAUAUAUGAGGGCCUGACCAAUAUGGAUUUUUUGGGGCCGAUGCCGAUACCCAUUAUAAGGGAGGAAAAAAAUCCGAUUACAAAUUAAGCCGUGAUUUUUAAAAAAUUUUAUGAAGUGUCAAAAUUAGUUAAAAAAUGAGUUAAAAAAGCCAUCAAAUCUCAAAACGAGGCAAGAUUAUUAAAGCUCGGUGACUCGGAUUUAAGUUUCCAUCGUAAAAAUCAUAAAAAUGAAAGUAUGGACUAAACGGUAUUGUGAUUCCUGCUGUGUUGCCUCUGUUACAACAGCAGAGCGUGGGCCUAACACCUCUCCUCAAACAGCUCUCACUUUCACUUCAUCAGAAACUACAUUUGUUGCGUCAUUUAUUUUCAACAUUUUAAACAAAAACUCAUCAUGGCAAGGUGCGAUUAUAAGUCCUGUAUCUAAGGCCCGUUGUCAUGAGUAAACCGAGAUAUAAGCUGGAUUGUGUCGAGUCUUGAGAGGUGUGUGACUGUUUUCUGGACGAUGAAGCGGCUAUCCUGCGUGACCCCAGAGAGGGGAGAGGGUAAGGCUCGGAGGUCGGUGGGGGAGGGGGUAUUUGACUCUGGUCAGGAGGAGACAGCAUUCCUCUACUCCGCUUUAUUCUCCCUCCUCUCUCCCAUCACAACACCACCUCUCACUCAAAAGUCAAACUCCCAAAUGAUUCAACAAAAUAUGCGCGGAAUAAUGUGAUUGCAAUGACGAGAGGUAGACCAAUAAUAAGUUGGCUGAUUUCAGAAAAUGUAUCCGGCUUUUAUACAGUUCACACACUCAAGUAAAAUAGACAAUUUUGAGACAUUUCCAGGUUUAAACGACACGUACAACUGCAUAGAAACUAUCAUAGACACCUCAAGAUAUCCCAGGAGAGCAAAUGAGAAGUACUCUGGAUAUUGAACACAUCUUUUUAAUAGAUUUUUUACUUUUAAAUCUUGCAGUUGUUUGUAAAGGGAGUUGUGAACCAGGAGGAGCAGCAGGAGGUUUCCUACCCCGGGAUCCUUCACUGCGUCUUCUGUGGAGCCAGAGGGCUGUUCAUGGACUGCCUGAUCAGAAGUACCUCGGCACAUAUAGUGGUGAGUGUUGCUUUCUUUCUGGGUAGAUUUUUGUUGUAGAACAGGUCACAUUGAUCAGAUUUUCAUUUUUGGUCACCUUCACAGAGGAGAAGGGGGAACUAUGGCUCGAUUAACUUUUAAACCCAAAUUUAUGGGAAUUUAGUCAGAAUGGUGAUUUAAGAUAUUGGAUUUCUUAAAAAGUGUAUGUUACACUAAAUUUAUAUUAAUUUCCUGUUUUAUCUCAUUAUAUGAUCCAAAGAUUAUAGUCAGUAAAAGGAACACCAAACUACUUAAAGGGAUAUUCCGGCGUAAAUUAAUUUAGGGUCAAACACAUUGUAACACUGAAAUAGACACCUCCUCGAGAGAUGAAUGUUGCCGACGAAUGUUUGCUCCUCUAGUUAUACCAAUUUUAGUAACGAUCGCACGAUAGCAAUACACAGUAGUCUGAGGGGCCAUAAACAAACCUCAACCAAAAUGCCACUCUAUAGCCACAAAUAAUGCUCAGAACAGCAGCUAACUUCAUCAACAGGACAUAUAGGGUCCUAGCCAUAGUACUAGACACCAAACAUCUUUUUAACUUUGCCUGAUUUCUUAAGAAAAGAGACUAAACACAACUCACCUACUCUCUUCCAGCAGGCGCUUGUUUGUAGCAAGACCUCAGGUUAGUCCAUUACAGACUACAGCGGGGUGACGCAGCUCAAGGAAGAACAUUUAUGAUCAUUUCUUUAUCAUUUCCUUGAAGUAAUAAUCACAAUAUUAAUCAUUUUGCACUGCAGACGCGGUAGUUCUUCUGCCUUAGCGUCUCGGUCUGAUUGUAUUUCCAUUCUCUUUUCUAAAGAAAUCAAGCAAAGGUAAAAAGAUGUUUGGUGGGCAGUGCUAUGGCUGGGGCCCUAUAUGUACUGUUGAUGAAGUUACAUGCUGUUCUGAGCAUUAUUUGUGGCGUUUUGGUUGAGGUUUGUUUAUGGCUCCUCAGACCGCUGUGUAUUUCUAUCGUGCGGUCGUUACAAAAGUUGGUAUAACUAGAGAAGCAAGCGGUCGGCAACAUUCAACUCUCUAGAGGGUGUCUAACUCGGUGUUGUGGUGUGUUUGACCAUAAAUUAUUUUUGCGCCAGAAUAUCCCUUUAAAAAUUCUGCAUUUGCAUGUAUUAGUUUAGUAAUAGAAUAAAUAUGCUGAGUAAUUUCACAUAGAAUUUUUUGAGCUACUUCCUUAAGUUGCAUGAUUAUACAACCUACUCUAUUUGUAUUUUGUGUUAUCACAUACAGUACAGGCCAAAAGUUUGGACACACCUUCUCAUUCAAUGCAUUUUCUUUGUUUUCAUUACUAUUUAAAUUGUAGAUUCUCAAAACUAUGAAUGAACACAUGUGGAAUCAUGUGCUUAAGAAAAAAGUGUGAAAUAACUGAAAACAUGUUUUAUAUUUUAGAUUUCUCAAAGUAGCCACCCUUUGCUUUUUUGAUAGCGCUGCAAACUUUAGCUGUUCUCUCAAUGAGCUUCAUGAGGUAGUCACCUGAAAUGGUUUUUACUUCACAGGAGUGCCUGAAGUAACCCUGACAAGGUACUUCUGUCAUCAAGAGCAAAGAGUGGCUAUUUUAAAGAAACUAGAAUAUAAAACAUGUUUUCGGUUAUUUCACACUUUUUUUAUAAGUACAAAAUUCUACAUGUGUUCAUUCAUAGUUUUAAUGCCUUCAAUGACAAUCUACAAUGUAAAUAGUCAUAUAAAAAAAAAGAAAAGACAUUGAAUGAGAAAGUGUGUCCAAACUUUUGGCCUGUACUGUACAUGUGUAAAGUAUAUCGAUGGCAGUCACGAUGUACUGGUGUAAUCAUGUAUGCUGUUUAAAGGUGCGAGACAUGAGACAAUCUUUGGAAAACACAGUACACUUAAAACUCCUCCCCCUGCCUCAGGAGAAAAACAGUGCAUCAAACUUGGUGUUGCACUUUCGACCGCUGGUGCAAAAGUAGGCGUGAAAAAACAUUUAAAUGUUUUCAUUACGUUUAUUUCUAAUGAAACUACAUUAUUAGUCAAUAUCAGUGCUGUGUCAUCAGCAAAGAGAUGAGUCACUCUCCUUAUGAGGUAACAACGGCCUCUUUAUGUAAGACCUUCAUCAGUGGGAAUUUUUUUUCGAUUGUUGGAAAAUAAACACAAAGUUACAGGAAAUUUUAAUAGCGUUCAACUUCUCUUUUAUUCGUGACUCAUUACUCGGGAAUCUCUUGUUAUGCGCCCUGAACUGUUUCUAAGAAUAACUCGUUCAGAUUUUCAAAACUUGAUCGACCUGAUCAGCAUCUUUUUGCGAGAUCAAGCACUCUAACUUUGUGGAAUCUUUUUUCUGAUAGUUGUACUUAUAUAAAAACGGAGGCAUCCAAUGAACUCAUAUGAAAAUAUUUGUGACAUAAUCUCACAUUUAUAUUUGGAAACUUUAAGGAUGGGUCGACUUAUACUCCCGAGCCUCCUCUGUAGUUUGAGUCACGUCAUUUUUCAGGUGUAGUCCAACUUUUGCUGCUACUCUAUGUUGGGUAACCAAAUACAUCCAGAUCCUUGACAGAAAACUUUAUGGUUUGAAUCAAGUAUUGUUACUCUUUAAACUUCUCACUUGGGAACAUGUUUAUUGAUUGUUUUAAGAAGUGAUGUAACAAGCUGGAGGCAUGCCGCCGCUUCCAACAGGGAAAAGCCCAUAUGCGUACAUCGAGAACUAGGUCAAGGACUGUACCUUACUGAGUUAUAAACCUAGCUUUAUCAGACUCUGCAUAUAAACAUAGUCAGUGUAUCGGCCUCCGCUGGCUCCUAUGGGUUGUAUAUCUGCCCUUUAUCAGCUACAGCAUUCUGAAGCCCUCUGCAGCAGAUAGGCAAGACUUCAGUUUUUGCAGGAUACCGGAGCACGGUGCAUCAAUUCAGUGCAGAGGAGGUCACUUAACCACAUCAACAAGUUUUCUCUUAAUCUCUCUCUUUUUCCUGUAUCCAAACGUAAGGCUACACUGAAAGUCUACCUCUAACAACUCGACUUAUCUGUUAAGAAGAUCCUAAAUAAAAUUCUUUUUCUUCAACCCAAACCAGGUCGGUUCAACUGGGUCCCUGCUCAUAUCCGGUCUUGCUGAGCCAGUGGUCCGAGCUUACUCCCUUAUCAUGGACCUGGUGGAGAGGUGUGAGGGCACUCCGUCCAGACGUCCUGAGGCUGGGGACCGCGGCACUGGCGAGUCUUUAGAUUCACGUCGGGCCUUUAAAGCACUCGUAGAGAAAUGGGAGGAUAGGCACAUCCUUGAUCUUCUAGUCCUACCGGGGUCCGUGAAGGAAAUCCUGCUGGACUUGGUGAAAGACUCUGAUUUUGGAUCAAGCCCCAGUUCAUCAGAGAGAGAUGGAGACAGUGGGGGGAGGCCACAUGGGGAUUUGGAGGGUAGAUGGGACAGCACUUCUGAUCGGUGGGUUGAAGGAAUAACUGCAGGUCUGCGGCGAGACUCCGCAGCCAUGGACCCUUUCUCCCAGUCUGGAGGCACAAGUAGAAAGACAGAGGGAGCUGAGGAAAGACUUACACAUUCUCCACAGGAAGUUGGAGAAGAGGUGCAGCCUGAUCAAGUGGCAACAGCAGGAACCAGAGUGACAGAUGGCAAUGGAGAUGCGGGAGAGCUGGAGCUCCAGUUGUCUGGAGGAAACAAGGAGUUCUGGCUUCUUUUAAAGUUCUUCACCGCCAUGGGGUACACAGAGGAUGUCGUGAAGCGCGUACUUGCUCGGACAGGACUCCAAGAGGCCUCACAGAUACUGGAUCUGGUUCAACAGGAGCAGGAUCGCAGCGACCGGAUGAAGACGAUCCAGCAUGGCCAAGACAAGCAAAAUCCAAGCAGUGCUGCUUCAAAUCAUGUGGAGAGGAACCGGCCUUGUGAGACAGAGCACAGAGAAGAUGAAGAACUGGCAGCAGGAGGAGAUACCCCAACAGGAGGUGAUCCAAAGGCAGAGGAGGGUCAUAGUGAGGAGAAUGGAGUAACAGGAAGCACAAGACACUUAGAUGAAGAGGGUAGCACUGAGGAUAAAGAGGACUCAGAGGAGGACUUUGUGUUGGGAGUACUGAAGAAAGCAGCGGCUAGUUGUGGGUACAUGGAGCAGAACGUGGCGGAAGUCUACAACCGGUUGCCUGAUGGAUCCACCCAUCAGCUGCUCCUGGAGCUGCAAAAAGAGGGGCACAAAGAUCUGGGUGCCUUUAGGGAAGAACCAAGAGAGAUGGACGAUGUAGUCUUGGAGAAAGAGGGACCAAGAGCUGGACCGUUUGAGGACAAAGCUCUUGUAGAAGUUGACCCCUUUAAACCUACAGAGAAGAGAGAAUCAGCUGAUAGAGGACAGUUAGAGGGGUCAAAUCUACCAGUAGUAGAUCUGUUUUGGUUUGAUAAACCCAAACAGCUCCCAUCCAGUCAAAAGCAACAACCCCCAUCAAAGUCCCAAAUUCUGCACCAAAGUCUACCUGAUGUCAAAGGGCCACCCAUGAUGACAUAUUCCUCAUCCUUAGAUCCGCCGUUAACCAAUUUCCAAACCAACAGUCAAUAUGGCCAACCCAACUAUGGACUCAAUCAUUCCACAUCCAAACAGAACCGGCCGAACCAAGACAAUGUCUUAAACUCAAAGCCCCAGUCUUUCAACUCUGUAAAACGAGGGCCCCAAGCACUUCAUUCCCCGUUCACCAGAGCUGACUCUUCCCCCACCAGAGCGAGGGACAGACGUGGUUUCAACACCCCUUCUUCAGUGGUGGUAACAGGGCAACAGCGUUUCUUGGAGGGCCUGCAGACGAGCUUCAACCUUCAGCUAACAGACCAACCUGGAGACCCGAAACUAAGGACGAUCAUCAUUGACGGGAGCAACGUGGCCAUGAGGUGAGAAUUGGUCAUGUUGUCAUGAUUUCCUCAGAGCAGAUCCAUCAUGGACGUUAAGUUAAAUAUCCACUGUUCGCAUUCUUCCUAGUCAUGGGUUGGGCCACUUCUUCUCCUGUCGAGGAAUCGCUUUGGCUGUCCAGCACUUUUGGGAUCGGGGCCAUCGUCACAUCAGCGCCCUCUUGCCACAGUGGAGACAAAAGAGCGACCCGCGGAUCAAAGGUCUGAGGAGCAGCUAAGUUGUGAUUGUCAAAAGCGAGAAGUUUUCUAAAACAGUCCAAACCUUGAUUAGAAUAAGGUGAAAACAUGAGGAUGUGGGCGUUUUUCUCUAGAGUUAACAUGGUGUUGUUUGUUUGUUUCAGAGCAACACUAUCUGACUGAUCUGCAGAAGCUGGGUCUGCUCUCCUACACACCUUCCAGAGAGGUCCAGGGCAAGAGGAUCAGCUCCUACGACGACAGGUAGACAGUCAGAAACCCUGUAGUCGCCUGUUUCUUUUCUUUUCUUGGAGUUUCUUCUCAAUGUUGCUUUUGCGUUUACAGAUUUAUGCUGCAGCUCGCACAGAAGACCAACGGAGUGAUCGUAACCAACGACAACCUGCGAGACCUUUCAGACGAGACCGCUGUGUGGAGAGACAUCAUCAAAAAGAGGUAAAAUGGAGCAAUCACCCGCACAUUUAACCUCUAAAAUCAGGUUUUUUCAUUACUUGUAUUUUGGAUGAACUGAAGUUCUCAAGUCCAGUUGGAUCUUGUAUUUUUUUCUGCAGACUCCUGCAGUACACGUUUGUUGGGGAUCACUUCAUGGUACCAGACGACCCUUUGGGUAGAGGAGGGCCUCACCUGGAUGACUUCCUACGCUCAGAGCACAGGUACCACAGUGAAAUGAUCAGACUCACAAAUACUCCACGAUGUCAGGUGGUUUUUAAAGCAAUAUUGUGACGAAUCCUUAUUAAAGUGUUUUGACUUUGUUUAGGAGCCCUGAUCCAGGAAACCACUCUUUUGCCGGAUCAGCCACCGCAUUCCCCUCUGCAAAACCUUCCCGCCCCCAAACUGAGGUCUUGAACUACCGCGACCGGACCCUGGGGGGAGCUGUGGAUGCCACAUAUGGAGGAAUUCGAGGUAAAGGAAGGGGGAAAAGACCGCCGGGAGCUCCGGACUCUGAAAUGGUUUUCAGAGCAGACAGAAGUCCGGAAGAAACAGCCAGCCUCAGAGAACAGCUCUGCCAGGUUUUCCUGGGUCAGGACAACAUGGUGACGCUGGUACUACAGAGCCGCCCAGCAGAGACGGAUAUAAACGUGCUGUCUGAUCUGAUUCUACAGCAGCAGAAGGACUAGAUCUUAUCAUGUUAACGAUUGUUAUCGAAGUCACGUCAGACUUUUAUUGCGCUGAAUUUCUCACCAAAGACGAAAACAACACUGGCUCAUAAUUCUAUCUAUGACCACUAUCUACUAUUAGUAUAACUCUUAUUAAUUCGCCCGUUAUGAAAAUGUUUGUCGCACUUAGAUUGUUAGGCAGUUUGUUUUUGGACCAAAAUCCUUCGAACUCGGCAGGAGACAAGUUCUUGAAGGUAGGAACUGAGAAACCUAGCAACCUCCCGUUUGUUUUUUCUGGGUUUUGAAUUCAUGUAAACUUAUCAAAUCUGACAAAUCCAAUAAAUUUAACCGAUUUCUGUUAGAAUAAAAACAAAAAUCCUAAAAUUACUGUUCUAUUUCAACUCAAAUACAAAGUCGGAGAACAAAUUUUUCUAACUAGUUUAGUUUUUUUUAGAUCAGACAUUCCAUUCAGCUCCAUCUAUAUUUUUGUAUCACAUGACUUUUCUACAAGCUAGUCUUACCUGUGGUUGUGUAAAUCUGACCUGCUAAUCAACAUGUUAGCUUCCCCUGUUUCACAUAACUGCUAGCUCUCGUUUUACAGCAAUUAAAUCUCAAACAGCGCCGAAUGAUACCUGCUGAACAUCCUCCUCCGGGUCGUUUUAAGCGGUUGAAGGUUCGUCUGAGGCAGCUGAGUUUAUGCUGCCUGAGUUUAUUUCGUCUUCUCUUUUGGUGAGGAGCAGCUCAGUCUUUGCUGGUUUCGACUCGUCGAGCAAAUUCAAGCAAAUUUUCUAGUUUUGGAAUCAGUUUAUUGCACCUUUUUCAACUGUUGUAGACUGUUUGCUGAUUAAUGAGAAAGUUUUAUACAUCAGCACCUCCAGCUGUUGGUUGGAAUCAUCUUAUCAUCAUCGUAUUUAACCAGUCGUGGCAAUAUUUUCUACAUUCACUUUUGUAUUUUUAACUUAUUUUUAUCAGGUUUGAUGUUUUUACGACUAGCUUUGCCCCUGAAAAUACAGAGAAUGGAUCCUCGGACCAGCUGCUCGGAGUUGAUUUUUAAUACAAUUUUCAAGUUGUGAUGACUAUUUUUCCCAAGUGUGUUGUUUAUAUGUGUACAUUUUAAGACCUCGAUGCUGAAUUCUGCCUUAUUUCUGUAUUAAAGAAUCUCUUGAUUAAAAAUAUCAACUUCUUGCCUGUGAAAUGUUUUACUCUGUGUUUCUGAAUGUCUCGGUAACGGUAGCUAAAGCGGUGUUAUGUUAAAAAUUAAGUUAAAUGUUAAAUAAAGCAGAGGUGGGGGAAAGUCCCUAUGUU